AGUGGACUCCCAGGAGCCGGCCCUGCUCGUCCCCUGGGCCCUCCUUCCCUGGUCCUGCAGGUCUUGCUGCUUGUCAGGCCUCUCCUCCAACCCUCUGCCACAUUUCAGAAAAGCUGAGAACCCCUUGGAGUGAAAAAGGAGGAGAAACACGGUGUCUGUAUCCCAGCAGGAAGUUAAAUACUUUCACUUCUCUUUUCCCCAUUUGGGCAGAAACCUGUGAGGGUGAGUCAGUCUGUCGGCCGACUUCCUGCUCCGAGUCUGCGCAGCCGCACUGCACGCGGGCUGGGCCGACGGGGGAGCUCAUAGGCCAGGCUCUGAGACCCAGGCAGGGCCUAGGGUGGGACGAUGGCAGGUGGGGGCAGCGACCUGAGCACCAGGAGGCUGAACGGAUGUGUUUCACGAGUAGCAAAUGAGAUGAACCAUCUUCCCGCACACAGCCAAAGUGCAAAGAGGCUUUUCACGGAAGACCAGGUUGUAGAUGAGGGACUUGUCUAUGACACUGUGUUCAAGCACUUCAAAAGACAUAAGCUGGAGAUUUCAAAUGCAAUAAAAAAGACAUUUCCGUUCCUCGAAGGCCUCCGCGAUCGUGAACUCAUCACAAAUAAAAUGUUUGAAGAUUCUCAAGAUUCUUGUAGAAACCUGGUCCCUGUACAAAGAGUGGUGUACAAUGUUCUCAGUGAACUGGAGAAGACAUUUAACCUGCCAGUUCUGGAAGCACUGUUCAGCGAGAUCAACAUGCACGAAUACCCCGAUUUAAUUCACAUUUAUAAAAGCUUCAACAAUGCAAUCCAAGACAAAUUGUCUUUCCAAGAAAGUGAUCGAAAAGAAAGGGAAGAGAAGCCUGACAUCAAACUAAGUCUUGAACAAGAAGAAGUGCCAGAAAGCCCAGAAGCAAAGAAGGAAAGUGACCAAGCAUAUGGCAAAAUGGAUACUGUGGAUAUUGCAAACGACUCCACUUUGGGAAACCCCAAGAGGAAAACAAGUAAAAAGAAGGGGCAUGGCUGGAGCAGAAUAAAAAGGAGAAUGCAGGAAAAAAUCCAACAAAAUGAUAACAGCAAAGCCGAUGGCCAGCUGGUCUCGAGUGAAAAGAAGGCCAACGUGAAUCUGAAAGACUUUUCCAAGAUUAGGGGGAGAAAGAGAGGCAAACCUAGAACCCACUUCACUCAGAGUGACAGAGCUCCACAGAAAAGAGUCCGAUCAAGAGCUUCCAGAAAGCACAAAGAUGAAACUGUGGAUUUUCAGGCUCCUUUACUUCCAGUGACCUGUGGUGGGGUGAAGGGAAUUUUACAUAAGGAGAAAUUGGAACAAGGAACCUUGGUGAAGUGUAUACAGACUGAGGAUGGAAAUUGGUUCACCCCCAGGGAAUUUGAAAUCAAAGGAGGCUACGCAAGAUCAAAGAACUGGAGGCUGAGUGUGCGCUGUGGCGGGUGGCCCCUACAACGGCUGAUGGAGGAAGGAUCUCUACCUAAUCCUCCAAGAAUAUAUUACAGGAACAAAAAGAGAAUACUGAAGUCUCAAAACAAUAGCUCAGUGGACCCUUGUAUGAGAAACUUGGAUGAGUGUGAGGUGUGCCGGGACGGAGGGGAGCUGUUCUGUUGCGACACUUGUUCAAGAGUCUUCCACAAGGACUGUCACAUCCCGCCCGUGGAAGCUGAGAGGACCCCGUGGAGUUGCAUCUUCUGCAGGAUGAAGGAGUCUUCAGGAAGCCAACAGUGUUGUCAGGAAUCUGAGGUCCUGGAGAGGCAGAUGUGUCCUGAGGAACAGAUGAAAUGUGAGUUCCUCCUCUUGAAAGUCUAUUGCUGUUCUGAGAGCUCCUUUUUUGCCAAGAUUCCAUACUAUUAUUAUAUUAAAGAGGCGUGUCAAGGCCUGAAGGAGCCCAUGUGGUUGGAUAAAAUCAAGAAAAGGCUGAAUGAGCACGGUUACCCCCAAGUGGAGGGGUUUAUACAAGACAUGCGCCUCAUCUUCCAGAACCACAGGGCCUCUUACAAGUAUAAGGAUUUUGGCCAAAUGGGACUUAGACUGGAGGCUGAAUUUGAGAAGGAUUUCAAGGAAGUGUUUGCUAUUCAGGAAACAAAUGGAAACAGUUGACUGGUUUAGUGGAUGCUGAAGGCCUUCAGGAAAUAUGCCACUGGUUUGCCACUGACUUCAAACUGAGAUCACUUGGGAAAUAGUACAUGCAAGGAGGGGCUUUUCUCUGAGCCUCCCUCAUCUGCUCAAAACCAAAUCCUCAAAAGAAAUUUGAUCAUCAUGAAUCCCAUCCCCAAGAAUCUCAUCAACCAGGGAAGAGGAACUGAGAUCACAGGGAAGGAGAUUGGAGGUGAUACCAGCACAGAUAGACUCUCGCCUCUUCUGCUGAGGUCUGCUCCAGACAACAUUUAUUACUCACAAGACCUUUUUCCUCUGUUUUUUUUGAGACGGAGUCUCACACUGUCACCCGGGGUUGGAAUGCAAUGGCGCAAUCUGAGCUCACUGCAACCUCCGCCUCCUGGGUUCAAGUGAUUCUCCUGUCUCAGCCUCCCAAGUAGCUGGGAUUACAGUGCCUGCCACCAUGCCCAGCUAAUUUUUUGCAUUUUUAGUAGAGACGGGAUUUCACUAUGUUGGCCAGGCUAGUCUCGAACUCCUGACCUCAUGAUCUGCCCGCCUCGGCCUCCCAAAAUGCUGGGACAUGACAGGAGUGAGCCACCAUGCCUGGCCACUCGCAAGACCUUUUAUCUGAAAACCAGCCAAGCGUUAUUCACGACAUACUUCUUCCCUUCACUCUCCCACGUCUGUGGCCAACUCCCUGCAGAACCCCCAAACCCCCGUUCUUUUCGAUAGCUCACGAUGGCGUAUGAGUGUCAAUCAUCUGACUCUUCUUGGAGUCUCAUAUUUCGUGGAACUCCUGUGCAAACAUAUAUUAUUAAAAUUUUUUUCCUCCUGUUAA